AUGAAGGUAGGUGAGCGAAUGAAAGUUGCUGCAAAGGAGAGAGAAGAAGAAAAGGAGAUCAAGUAUAAAAGGGCACACUGCGGCCGCGCCAAAAUCAUCAUGCUCAACCCACGACGACUUGCUCGCGUGGCCCUUGCCUCGGUCGCUCUCUGCUUCCUGAUCGAUGUUGCCAGCGCCUUCUUCUUUGACAAGCACCACGAGCCAGUGCACAUAAUACAUAAGCAACCGUACCCAGUUGAGAAAAUUAUUCCUAUUAAGGGUUACGGCGGCUAUGGUCACGGUGGAGGUGGAGGAUAUGGUGGCGGUGGAGGAUAUGGUGGCGGACACUCUUCUUAUGGAGGUCACGAGGGAGGUUAUGGUGGAGGACACGAGUCGUACGGUGGUGGACACGAAGGCGGUUACGGCGGAGGACACGAGGGCGGCGGCUAUGGCGGCGGCGAGUCUUACGGUAACGGCGGAGGACACGAAUCUUACGGAGGUGGCCAUGAGGGCGGUGGCUACGGCGGUGGAGAGGCUUAUGGCGGUGGACACGAGGGCGGAUAUGGUGGUGGACACGAGAUGAGCUAUGGAGGCGGCCAUGAAGGUGGCUACGGUGGCGGUGAAGGCCUCUUUCCAAGACUUACACUGUGGCAAUCUAAUCCAAAACCAAACACAGACAGAGACAGUGAGAACACAACACAAACACUCUCAUUGUGCACUGUCACCGUGAGCAGCAGACUUCUUACAUCUAUCUACUGA